GUUGGUUGACUAACUGUUGAGUUGCUGGUUGCUCGAGCAGCUAGCAAUUUUAUGUAAAAAAAUGAAUGACACUUGUGACCUUGCGCUCUGCCCUACGAACAAUAGCGGCUUCGGAGCAACAACCGCAAUUAUUGGCACCAUGGACUGUCUGCCCAUUAUGAAUGGCAGCAGUAGUAGCAGUAGCAGCGGUAUUGGUACACUUGGCAUUGGCGCUGCACAUCAUCACAUCAUGCCCAACGGCAGCAGCAGCUCCACCGCUGCUAUUGGCGGCGGCAGUGCACCGACAGUCACCGUUGUCGGCUCAUAUCAGCAACACCUCGCCAAUUUACAUGCACAUCAUCCUCAUCUGAAUUUGGUUGGCCAUCACACGGUGACGCCGUACAGCAAUAAUUAUCCGCUACAUCAUAGUAGUAGUCAUCAUCACAUACAAAGCGAGCAGACAAAGUCGCUGCAAGAGUUGCAGCAUGAAGUUGGUGCGCUGCUGGAAUUUCGUGAUUUGGUCAUUGAAACUUUUCCAGACCUCAAACAUAAAAUGGCCUCUAUGUCUUCGUCGUCGGCUGCUUCCACAACGAUAGCGACGGGUGGUGCGCUGAUAAGCGGCACAUCGGUGUCGGGAGCAAACACACUGAUUCAUGGAAAUAGCAGUAGCGGCAUGCCAAAUGCGUCAUUGGUGUCGAGACGCGAGUGGGAGCCUGGUAUACGCUUGAAGCGCAAAAUUUCGCAAAAAGAACCGUCCACACAUUUAGCUAAUGCUGCAACAGCGGCGAACACAGCUGGUAGCGUUGCAGGCGUCGUAGCCGGCGAAUUGUCCUCAUCGUCGCUAACGCGCAGUCGUAGCAAUUCGCACAGCGGCAAAAAGGAGCCAAAGAGCGGAGAGAAUAACAAUGGCAGUGUUGUGCAAGACUCCGGCUUCUCGACGGAGACGAGCUCGUCGAAGGAGGGCCAUAGCGCUUCGUCAACGAACGGUGCUAUGACGGGUCCCACCGCGAUGAAUCGCCUCUCCUGCCACGAGUCCGAUGACGAGCUGCUAAAUUUACUCGACGUCAUACACCGCAAAUCGAAUCGUUUACGCGAAGAAAUGGAUCAGCUUCAGCAGUAUGAGCGACAGAAUCUGCGCGGUGGUGGUAGUAAUAAUAACAACAAUCUAGCGGAUGAGUCCACAACGACAGUUGUUGCUGCGAGUGAAACGUCCUCGCCAGUGGCGCGCAGUUCUUCGGUGUUGGCAAAGUCAAGUAGCGGCGGCAGCAGCAACCACAGCACUGUGAACGGUGCCGGACUCACGCCGAAAACUUUCCGUGAACAUGUAGAGCGCCUCAACAAGGAGGAUAUCAAACAACUACGUAAGGAGCGUGAUCGCCUGUUGGACAAGUUGGCCGAAAUGGAAGCUGAAACAUUGACCGGACGUAUUAAAGCGGCCAAAAUGAAUGAUCAAGUGGAGGAAUUGAUAAGCGUGAAAAAAGAUCUCGAGGAGCAGCUGAAGUUGGCGAUGGCACAGAGAUUGGAUUUGAGUGCGCGAGUGCAGCAAUUGCAGAUACAACAACAGCAGCAACAGCAACAGCAACAGCAGCUGCAGAGUAAAAGUUCAUCGAGUCAAUCGGAUUAUUCGAGUCAACGGAACUUUUUAUCUUCCGCCACAACGGUGCUAUCCACAGGUAGCGCUGCUUCAGUGCAGCUUUUAGAAGCAGGCGCCGCUGCCACCACCAAUACUAGCAUACUAUCGACCGCACAAAGUCGACGUCAACAUACAUUCCAGCCGGUGGUGGUGGUGGAUCAACAUCAACUAUAUCAGCGCCCAUCUCACGCAACUCCUCCCGAGGACGUACAUAUUGCAUUCCAUCAAAGCGCAGGCAGUGAUAGUAAAAGACAACAGUCGGAACAGUCCGAACAACAACAGGAGCAUUUGGGCCGACUGGAUGGCAUUGUGAGCACACCAGGUGGACGAUAUAGUAAAUGUCGUAUGGUCGAUUCGAAGCGUUUCGCCGCGAUACUUUUGGAGACAAGUGUGGUCGAGUUGCAACGGCAUCUACUGACGCUCACCGUGCAGAAUCAGGUUCUUAUGCAGAAGCUGGAUGCGGCGACUAAAUCAAAAACACAUUUAGCUAAAAGACUUGACAAGUCCAAAGAUGAUGUUGAAGAUUUGCGUUUCCAGCUGGAAGAGAAAAACAUCGAGUUGGAGGGCACUAAAGCGCAACUGCGCGUUCUAGAGUCUCGCAUUCACUCGGUGACGCCUAGCAGUGGAGCACCAACUAACUCCUAUUUGCACUCGCAAAACGAUUACGAAACCAAUCGUUCAUCCGCUUCUACCACAUUAAUGUUGAGUAGGCGUGGCAUUGGUAGUGGCGCUAGUGAUACCCUGCAGUACAGUGAUUUGCGUUCGGCGACACCAGUUUCCACAACAACGACAACGAUGGCGAUAACCGGUCAAAUGCCCGCACCACAAGUUACGCAAAUCUCCACACCCAGCAUGAAAGCGAUGGUGCAUCUACCGAUGGAUGAAUUGCAACAGCAUAGUAGCAGCACGGAAUCAGCACAUGAUCAUGAUGAGCUGCAAGAGAUUGGAAAUGCACAUGCGAUGGUGAGCAGGCUGAUGAGCGCAAGUGUGGGCGGUGUGAGUCCGUUUGAGAAUGCGCUGCGUGGUAAAAAAGUGAGCAUUGGCAGUAAACCGAGCAAGAUUCCUUUGCCGGGCAGUAAAGCGGCGGCAUAUUUUGCAGGUAAACCACCUAGUGGACGACCCUCUACGGCUGGUCGUUCACCACCUUCCACCCACACCUACGCCGCCUCAAACUCGUCAAGCAAGUCAUCACUGUGCCGCAGCACAGGUAAUCUGCUCUACAGCAAGUCACCGAACAGUCUGAAGCGCGCCGACUCCGCACAAAGCAUACGUAAAGACAAUUCGUCGCUGAGUACCAAUACGAGUCGAAGCUCUACAUCUUCCUCUAUACCGCUGGCGACACAUCAUUUGUCAAACGCUACCUCGAAGUCGCCGAUCGGUGCAGCUGCGGCGACUCCAAUUCCGUCCCCGAGAGUUUUGCAGAACUCUCCGCUACCGAAACUAAAGCGUGAAUCGCUCACUUCACGCGUACGCCAUUUGGAUUCACUGUCGCGUGUGCACCAACAUAAUCAUCAUUCAAAUAUUAGCAACGGUGGUGGCAGUGAUGUUUCCUGCACAUCACCCACCGCCACCUCACACACCAAUAACAACAAUACUAAUUCGACUAUACUCACAUCCAGCUCGCCAACUGCACUCUCUGCCAGCUCGGCAAAUAGCUACAUCGUGAGUAGCACGCCAAAGCCAAGCGCCAUAGCAGCGCAUCUGAAUGCAACGUUGCGCAAGGACAUGCAAUUAAAUACGAGCAGCUACGGAGCUCAACAAUUUUUGAGACGCGCAACUGGAGGCAAUGCUUCCGCCAAUAGUUCCGCCAUUUCCGGACAAAGUGGGGUGAACAGCAGUGUGACAGCACGUCGUUUUAGCAGCGCCUCGGCGAUGGGUGCGCGCAUAGCUAGUCGUAACCAAUCACAAGAUGCAGGCAAUGGGGAGCACCAACAGCAGCAUCAACAGCAGAGCGACAGCGAUAGUGGAAAGCAUUCGCUACUUUACGAGCUGCUGCCAAAUUUCAAAAAUCAUAAUAAAGCCACGUCAACGAUAACACCUGUCACGUCCUGGCGUCAACAGCAAUGGCAGCAGGUGCUCACCCAAGCUUUAAACAGUCAUGCGUUUAUCGGUGAUGGUCGUGGUGAUGUUGAUUGUGGCGUCGAUGUCGGUGGUAGUGCCCUCUCUCCCACAACUUUUGCAGCCCGGCCACUGCCACAGCAGUUGGUAGAACCCCUACAGCUGAAAAGUAAAAGCAAGGAUAACUAUAAUUUCGUGCGCGCCUAUGAGUUGGAAGAAAAAACUAAAUUGCAAGAACAACAUGUGAACAAAAUGAAUUCCCUACCGGAAGCCAGCAUAUCCAGCUAUGAUUACUACUACUCGAAUGAGUCCUUCCGUAGUUCAGAUCGCGGCAGCGAUAAUAUAUUAGUCACCUUUGAUUAUGGUUUUAGUGACUCACUGCUCGAAGAAAUAUCUGGUGAUGAUUUUAGUGAUGAAAAGAAGAAAACACACAUUGCUUUCGCUGAUUUACGCACGGUAUACCCAAUCAAGGAGGAAACAGAGUAUGCGCGUGCGAACGAUGAGGUGAAUGUUUGGCAGCGAAAACCGUUGAGUGUUAGUUGCCUAGAAAAAUAUGAAGGUGACGAUUACAGCGAUAGCUGGGAACAGAAGGAUGAGGACGAACAGGAGGAGGCUGUAGGCGCACAAAUUUGGUUCAAUACAGCGCUGACACGCAGUAAAUAUGAGUUGGGCUGUGGUGCAGCAUUCAAAGUGCAUCACAUGCAGCAUGCGCUGGCAGAGGAUGGUGAUGAAGAAGAUGUGGACGAACAGAGUAAUAAUUCCUCGUUGGUGGAGCAAAAUAUCGUUUGCGAGAGUGGGCGCAGUGCCAGUAGCGCCAGCAGUUUUUAUUAUCGGCGAUUGGCGCUGGACCAAUGGGGCGAAGAGGUCGUUGUCGAUGAUGCAGACAUCGCACAGAAAGUAAAUGCAAAUAAAGGGGCAGAUACUGAGGACGAAGGAGAGGAAUUUUUCGAUAGCUUGAACUGAGUGUGGUAGCAUUUGUUCUAUAAACUAUAUACUUUUUUUUAGUAGUUUGGUUAUGUUUUUGUAUAAUUUAGUGUACGAAUUGCACUUUUUUGUUUUUUUUUUUGCAAACAUCGGAUGUUUGUUAUUUGUGUUUAUUUGUUAUUUUCUUAUUUCAAUUAAUGUUUCAUGUUAUAAUAGCGCGGCUCAUGCGUGCACGUGUAGGAGAAUAUUUUGUUUUUUACGUACCACAACUUUAAAAGGUACAGUUAUCGAGAUUUUAAGUAAAAAAUUGUUCGGUCUAUGCUUUCGUAAAAUUUGCGCAAAUUGAAGUGAAAGAAGAAACGAAAAAGUAGAGUUUUGCGUUAAUCUGUAAUAUGGAGAUAUACGCCAAAUGAUUUUGAUGUGCGUUAAAUUUUCACGAUCGUAACUGGACAAACUAUUUGUAGCUACUUUGUAUUAUUUAUUGAGUAUUUUUUUUGUAUAUUUACUAACCACCAAACACUACUUUUUUCCUAUCUACUACCUUAUUUACAUACUUAUUUGCAUACAUACAUAUAUUGAGCACUUAUUUCAGCUGAGCUGAAAAUUGAAAAAGAAUUGUUAAAAACACAAAUGUUUGAAAACAAUCUGAAAUAUUGGGCUUUACAUUAUGCGACAUAACCAAAACGAAGCGGUUUUCAUUAAUAUUUUCUCAAAGCUCACCUAUCCAAGAAUAAAACACCUGCUGGGUAUGGUAAAGGGGGGGCUCGAUUUUUUGUCAUGGUUACUUUGAUUUUUAUUUACCUAAAUCUUAUUUCUGAGAUUUGAUUUAUUAGGAGCUAUUCGAACUUUAUGCUUAUGAUUGGUUGAAAAUAUUUUUUUUAUUUUUCUUUGAGGAAACUAUAUCUUAAAAUAUAUUUUGUGUGGUCAAAUUAUCAAAAAACGUAAAUUUGUUGCAUUUUUUAAACAAAAAUAUCAAGCGAAUGUACAAGGGGGCACAAAAUUAAUCAUCCCUUCUUGUUUUUGCAUAACUUUUUUACUAAAUAAAUACCAAAAAAUGGUUUAGAGUGAUGGAAAUCUUUAUUUUGACUUUUAUGCGCUCCAUUGCUUUUCUGUUUCUAUACGACGCCACUUGCAAAAAUUAACAAUAUUCCUCGUAUUUAAAAACUAUUCACUCAAAACGCAUUAAAUAAAGUCAUCUUUUUCUUUGAAAAAAUCAAUUUAUUAAAAAUACAAUUCAUUGAAAAUAAAUGAAAAUACAGCCAAUUGAAAAUCUAGUUUAUUGCAAACACAAUUCAUUGAAAGUAAAUUGUUUUCCAGAUUUUGUUUACAAUUUUAUGUCUCCUUUUACGCAGAAAAAUAUGGAAAGUAAGGCGAUUUUACUACAAGAGCAGAACAUCCAAUAUGGCAGCCAGAUUUAAGUGUACAAAAAUUCCAUGGAGGGGGAAAAAAAAUUAAAGUGACCAUAAAAGAAAAUUGAGCUAACUUUUAUAAAUUCAGCUGAGCUGCAAAUUGCGUCAGUAUCAAAAUGGAAAUUAUUCAUAAAAAAAACAAAAGCAAAUUUCUUACGUAAACCCAUAGUCUUUACAUUUAAUAAUAUUGGGUUAGGGAAUAACUUCGUAGCGUAGGCCGAACGCUAUUAUUUAAGCAAA